UCAUUAGGUCACCGUUCACACGAUAACCAGCGGGUAUAAAUUUGACCCACAUAAUCCCGAAAAAAGUAAGUUUCUGGUCAACCCACACGCGCCAACGACAUGAAUGGAAAGCUGAUGAUCUGCCUCUUCCUGGCCUGCAUCUUCCAGGUGCGGUCUGGAGUAGUACCACAGGUGAACAUAGACGCCGACGAAGCGGAGGCAUGCAUGAAGGGCACGGACACUUCCAGUAUGGUCGACGAAAACGCCCACGUAAUAUAUCCAAGUGAAGUAACAACCAAGUAUUUUGAAUGCGCCCUCCAGGCGGGUCAUUACUUUACAAAAGACGGCGAGUUUGAUAGCGAAUACAUACUCGGAAAGCUGGCAAGCAACUUUAGUGCGUUGGUAGGGGAAGACGUCGAUGGCAAGAAAGCGAGACAAAUGGCAAAUGAGCUGUAUGCUCCAUGCAAUGUUCCAAAGGGCGAAAAUAACGUAGAAAAACUAGUCAACUUUAAUAAUUGCGUGGUGAUUGAACUACAGAAGAAGGCCACAGCUUAAUAAACGCUACUGUAAUUUUGUGUAUUAAAAUAAAGUCGCAUGCAAUCGA